CUGGUCUCGCUACUUGCUUUGUGGCUUGGUGGUGGUGAAUUCUGCUGAAAAUGGGUGAUAAUCAUCUAAAAAGCCCUGGGCCUGUCAAUUUAAAGUCAGGUAAUAUUCAGAAGUCAUGGGAAACUUUCAAGCAGAAGUUUGGAUUCUUCUUAACCGCAAUUGGAAAGGCUAAAGCGGCGUCGGAUGUUCGAUGCGCACUCCUGAUGGGAGAGGCCGGGGAUGAAGCUUUGGAGGUUUAUAAUGCCUUUAAAGAUAAGCUGAUAUCCAAAACAACCAACGAUCAAGGAGAGGAGGUCAUUGAACAUGACUAUACAAACAACUAUGACAAGGUUGUUGAGCAGUUUGACCUCUAUGCGGCGGAGAAAAAAUGCAUUACGGGUUGUCGUGAACUGUUUAAUGCGCGAAAUAAAAAAAAGGAGGAAACGUUUUCCAACUGGCUAACAGAUUUGCGAAACUUGGUGAAAGACUGUGAGUACGCAACUAUUGUUGAUAGUAUGCUGAAGGACAGAAUUAUAUGGGGUGUCUGGGACAAGAGGUUAAGAGACACUCUGAGAUCCAAGUCAAAUCAGAGUUUAUCUGAUAUUAUUGAUCUGUGCAAGGCAGUUGAAGCUACGGCACGAUAUCCGAAGUUGAAUGGUGAUAACGAUAAUGCCCAAAAUGUCGAGGCUAUCCAGUCAUUCAACAAAAACCGUAGCAAGAAUGGCAUUCCCUCUCAACCCUACCAAAAGAACAAAGGUGGAGGAAAGAUGAAAAAUUCACAGUACCACAACCGACCCGGUCCAGGCUAUAAAUCAAAGAGGAAUGGAUCACAACAGGGAGACAACAAACAGUUGUUUAAAUACAAGUGCAGAAAAUGUAAUAGAGUGCAUGAGGCGGGCAACUGUCCGGCUUAUGGCCAAAUUUGCUCUGCUUGUAAUGGAAAAAAUCACUGGGAAGUUGUGUGCCGUAAUAAAGGACAACAAAAUGCUGGCAAUUUUAAAAAGCAAAGUAAGGUUGACAGUCUUGCUACUGUGACUAAUCAACUUCAAGAUUGCUUGCUUAGCUCGUGGACAGAUGAUGGUGCGAGUACCAGCAGCUCAAGGAUUGAUGACAUUUGAGUCACGACAAACAACAAGAUUUGGUCGGAAGAUCCUAAAACCACAUCGUUAUGAUGGGAGCUGUUAAUAAAUAUUAUUCAUGUAAUCAAAUAUAUUACUCUGUAUUUUUAUAUCAAAUAUAAUCAACUUUUGUAUUCUGCUAUGUGUUUGUUUACUUUCAACGUAGAAAGUGUUGCCAACUGAAUACUUUAGUGUCUCGAAGGGGGAGGUGUUGUAGUGGUAUGAGAUUACGUUGGCAGUACCGCCCAGAAGUCGGGUAUGAGAACUAUUCGUGUCACUGCCUUGUAACCCUGGUGUCCAUACUAUGCAACUAACCUAUGAAUAAUAAAUCUCUCUCUGGAGUGUUCCCUUUGGUCA